AUGCAAGAUUUAGAAAAGAAAAAAGAAGAAGUUGAGGCGAAAGAAAAGCAAAUGCAGCUUAGAAGAAAUGCUUUAAAAAGAGAACAAAUUGAAAAAUUACGAGAAGAUCCUGUGCAAUGUGCAAUCUAUCUUGCUGAAAAAAGAGAAAGAUAUCAAAGAAAAAGAAAAGAGGGGAGGGUGUUGCUUAUUCAGAAUUUAACAAAGGAAGAACAGGAAGCGCGAAGAAAGCAGAAUAAAGAAGCUGCUAAGAGAUAUCGUGCAAAAAAGAAAAUUUCUUCUACAGAAAACAUUCCGGCUGAAAUUUUACCAAAAGAGGAAGAACACUCAUGGAACAGUGUCUUCAUCAAAUCUGAGCCACUCGAAUACGACUCAGAUGAAGAAAAAAGGGACUUGAACAGAGAAAAUAUACAGUUCGACAAUCUCUCUAACAAAAUCGACAAUGAUUCGAUCAAAACCCAAGCCCACACUUCUAAAUUACCUACAAAAAGUAUUCAAAAGUUCCACUAUUGUCAUCAGUGUCAACGAGAGUAUAAAACCGCACGAAGCCUGAAAAGGCACAUGAAUACUCACGCUCUCGUGAAAGGCCCUAAAGCUCAGCCAAAGAAGAAACAUGUAUGUGAAAUAUGCAACAAAGGUUGUGCGUCACCAAGCAAACUUCAGUCCCACUAUCACACGCACUUAGCAGUUAAGCCUUUUGAGUGUGACAUUUGUAAAAGCAGAUUCAGAAGCUACUAUACCAUGAAAUAUCACAUAAUGGCUCAUAUGCAAGUUGGCGGACGUCACAAGUGUCCAAUUUGUGCAAAAAGCUAUGUGAGAUCCAGCCGAUUAAGGGACCACAUGCAUUCCCACUCGAAAAUUAAACCCUUUGAAUGUGAAGUUUGCAAGAAAAGUUAUUCGAGAAAGAAUGAUCUGAAGGUUCACAUGAUUACCCACGAUGAGCGAAAAACUUUUCAUUGUGAAAUCUGCUCGAAAGGUUUUACAAGCUUGUCUUAUCUGAAGAUGCAUACAAAGCUUCACUCAGAUGAUUGCUCGCACGUAUGUAACGUUUGUGGAAAAAGAUUUCAUAAGAUAAGUUAUCUUAAAAUUCAUAUGAAUCGCCAUACGGGAGUAAAACCGUUCGAGUGCGAUAUUUGCAAGAAGAAGUUCCCGAGCCGUGCUUCAAUGAAAUGUCACGUCGUUGCUCAUAUGGAAGAAGGAAAAUCCCACAAGUGUCCUGUCUGUAAGAACUCUUAUCAAAAAGCAUCGAUGCUGAAAGAACAUUUACGACUCCACACGGGUGCUAAACCCUACGAAUGCAAAGUUUGCGAGAAGAGUUUUAUGAGAAAAGGUGGUUUAACACAACAUAUGCUGACUCAUGAUAAAAAAAGGCCGUUCCUUUGCGACAUUUGUCAUAAAAGUUUCAAGACGCAUGGCCAUCUCAAAAUUCAUCAAAAGAUACAUUUAAAUAUGGAUUCAUUUCUUUGUGAGAUUUGUCAUAAAAGUUUCAAGAGGUAUGGUCAUCUCACGCUUCAUAAAAAGAUGCAUUCAAGGGAUAAUGAUUCUCGGGGGGUAAAAGUAAUUGAAACAAGUUCAACAGAUGAAAAUUUUAUCAUUGUGAAAUCUGAAAUACAAGAAGAAGAAGAAGAUACAAAUUUUCAGGGCCGAGAUAUGAGUCCUGAAAAGAUGAUUGAAGAAGAAAAGAAUCCAAAGUACACAAAAAUAGGGAAAGAAAGAGAAGAAACCGACAGUAUUGUGAAGACUGAAGUUAAGAGGGAACUAUGUGAUGAAGAUACACGCCAAGAGGACAAGAAUUGGAUCAUAAGUGAAACUAAAAAUGCUACUUCAAUUUCUGUAAAAAAGGAACCUUGUGAUAUAUUUAAUUCAAAUACCGAAAUUGAAUUUCAAGAUAUAAAGAUAGAAUCUUAAGUAGAAGAAUGAGUGAAAUGUACUGCUAAAGUUAUUUAUUUUGCACACAAAAUUUUUGGAAUGGUCUGUUUGUGUGAAAAGUGAGAUUGCAAAAAUGUUGUUUGCUGCUGAUUUUUUUAAGGUUAAAAUUUGUAUUACAUUAGCAUUAGUUUGUAAUUUUUUCAUAGAAAUCAAUUUAUUAUGUAAGCAAAAACUGACUGAAUCUAAUGAAGUUGGGAACCUUCUUAUAAAAAAAAUAUAGGGCCUAAGCAAAUAUAAAAUAUUUGAACAAA